AUGAAAAGUGAUAAAGAAAUAUUAAAAAUACUUAGACGAUACAAAGAAGCAAAAAUAGAAUUAAAAAAAUAUUUAAGUUGGAUUGAACAAAUAAAAGUAAAUAAUUAGAUUUUAGAUUUAAGUUAGAAAUGGUUUUGUCAGCGUAAUCAGAAAAAUAAACUAAUUAUUAUAGAAUGUAGAUUUAAGGUAUGGAUAAUAAGUUUAAACAUGGUAAUUAUCCAACUAGUGAAUCUUUGACAGAAGAAGUAUAAAUUAAAUGUAAUUAAAUGACUUUUUAAUCAUAACAAUAAGAAUUAAAUUAAGAUAAUGUAAGAGAGUUUAUUAAUAAAUAUGAAAAAAUGUUAAUCUAAAAAGAAUAAUAAUAGUAAGUAGAAUAAAAUUCAGGUUAAACUUUAUUAAUCAACAGAGAUUCUAAAUAACAUUUUGGAACAAGUACUAUAGAAGAUAUGUUCAAAUUAUCAUAAUCUUAAUAAGAAUCACAAUAAUUAAAUCAAUUUAGUUAUGACACUUCUAAUUUUGGAAAUGAUUAAAUUGGAUUUAAAAGAAAAGGAGACAACUUCUUUAAUAAUUUAUAAAAUUAUUCAAAGGAUUAUGAAUAAGAAUAAAGUUUAUAAUCAUCAAAAUGUUUCAAAGAUUAUAUGUUAACAUAAGAAAAAGUAGAUAUAAAUUAAAAUAAACAACAAUAAAAAAAGUCUUUUGAAUAAUUUUAUCAAGAACAUGUAGAAGGAGAAAUAAAUAAUAUUUAAAUGGAAAUAGAAGAUAUGUAGAAGUAAUAUUAAAUAAUUUUAUGUAGAUUUUUACAAAGAGUUUAAACUGCUAAAGAUAAAUUAACAAAUAGUUUUAAAGAUCUUUAAUAAAUUCCUGUUAUUAAUAGAGAGAAUAGUGAGAAUUCUAUUUAAAAGGUAACAGAAGAUCUUAAAUUAAUUGACAUUAUAAAACAAAAUAUGAUAAAAUAAAUGGAAAAUAAUAUAGAUUAAGAUAAACUUAAAAAACUUAGAAAUAUGAAGCAUUAAAUUUAAUUAUACUUUAAUAAUGUAGAAGAUGAAUUACUAAAAAUAAAUGAAGAAACAUCUGUAAUUUAAUGA